CAGCUCGGUCGGCAAGAGGAGGCGAGGCGGCGCGGCUCCGGACGACCGGCUGGACACCGCCCUGCUGGCCGGUCUGCUGGACGAGAUGAGGCGACAUCCGGGCAGCGACCUCUUCCUUCGCCCUGUCAAGACCAGGGAGGCGCCCGACUAUUACCAAAUCGUGCGCGAGCCGAUGGACAUCAGCACGAUGCAGCGGAAGCUGAGCACCGGCGACUACACCAGCACGGCCGAGUUUGUGGCCGACGCCGGCCUCAUUUUCUCCAACUGCGCCAUGUACAACGACUCCAAGGCGCAGAUCUCAAGGGACUGCGAGAAGCUGCGCCGCUUCUUCGAGAAGCGCAGUCGCGAGCUCGGCAUCGGACCGGUCGCCAAGCGCGCGCGCCGCUCGUACUGACUCAGAGUCAGCCCGACUCCGACCGCGAGUCGGGCCCGGAGCAGACGCCUUGGACUGGUCCGGCGGCGUGCCGCCGCGGC